UUAGCUUUUAAUAGUGCGACCACUUUGAGGUGGGAAAUUUUUUUUCUUUUAUCCAAUAAUUAUGGCCCGUCUUCCCACUGUUUUGACAUGAGCCACAUGGUGAAACAGAGUAAAUUGUGAAUUUAAUAACCUGUAGAUGGAGAAUUCACAAGGCAGAGCUUUGGAGAUGAUCAUGUUUCCCCUCGGAUUGGUUCUUGUUCUAACAUUCUCAACAGCAGCUGCCGAAGAACUUGAACCAGUUAAUUUCCUGACAGAUGAGGUCCAAAGCAUCUCGCAAACUUAUAUCAUCUUCACCGAGAAGCCCGAGGCUGCAGGGGCUAAUUCUCUACAGUAUGAAGAUUUAAACACUUGGUAUCAAUCAUUUUUACCCACUUCCGCAACUCCAAACCAGCAAAAACCUCAAAUUGUCCAUACAUAUCGAAACGUGGUGAGGGGUUUUGCAGCAAGAUUGACAGCUGAUCAAGUGAAAGCCAUGGGAGACAAGGAAGGUUUUCUGUCUGCUCAACCUGAAAGGAUGUUAUCUUUACAAACUACUCACAGUCCUAAGUUCUUGGGGUUAAUGAACCAAGGAUUGGGAUUUUGGAUGAACGGUUCAAAUUACGGUAAAGGGGUGAUAAUUGGCAUUGUGGACACUGGGAUUUGGCCUGAUCAUCCUUCAUUUGGAGACGAGGGUGUUCCUCCUCCACCUGCUAAAUGGAAAGGGAGAUGCGAGUUCAAGGAGACAGUAUGCAAUAACAAGCUAAUUGGAGCAAGAAAUUGCGUCCAUGGUGGUGCUGCUACUUUGUUUCCCUAUGAGGUCGGCCAUGGCACCCACACAUCCAGCACGGCUGCUGGAAAUUUUGUGAAAGGUGCCAAUGCGUAUGGAAAUGGCAAUGGCACGGCGGUUGGCAUGGCCCCUCAUGCCCACUUGGCCAUUUACAAAGUUUGCUCUGUCAAAGGUUGCAAGGAUGGUGACGUUUUAGCUGCAAUUGAUGCCGCGGUUGAAGAUGGUGUGGAUGUGAUCUCCAUCUCCAUGGUCUAUAAUCAUGCUAAUUACAAUCCUUUCUAUGAAGAUACAAUUGCAGUGGGUGCACUUGGCGCAACCCAGAAGGGAGUUUUGGUCAGCUGUUCGGCUGGGAAUAUUGGAUAUGAACACAAAACUUUAUCAAAUGAAGCUCCUUGGAUUCUCACUGUCGGAGCAAGCACCAUUGACAGAACCAUAAAAGCUACAGCAAGGCUUGGAAAUGGAGCCGAAUUUGAUGGUGAAUCUGUUUUCCAACCUAAAGAUUUCCAUCCUGUAUUGUUACCUCUCGUCUAUCCAGGUUCAAAUGGGAACCGAUCAUCCGCUUUUUGCGAAGAUGGAUCAUUGAGAAACAUGGAUGUGAAGGGAAAAAUAGUUUUGUGUGAAACUGGUGGACGGGUCUCAAGAACUGCAAAAGGAUAUGAAGUGAGAAGUGCUGGUGGUGCUACUAUGAUUGUCAUCAACAGAGAGCAAGAUGGGUAUACCACUUUGGCAGAAGAUCAUGUACUUCCGGCAACUCAUUUGGAUUAUGCUUCUGGGUUGAAGAUCAAAGCCUAUAUAAAUUCAACCCAAAAUCCAGAGGCCACAAUCUUAUUCAGAGGAACUGUGAUAGGAGAAUCAUCAUCUGUUGCUCCAGCAGUUCCAUUCUUCUCAUCAAGAGGCCCAAGCAAAGCAAGCCCUGGAAUUUUGAAACCAGACAUUAUUGGUCCGGGUGUCAGCAUCCUAGCUGCAUAUCCAUUUCCAUCAGACAACGACAUUGCCACAAGGGCAAAAUCAAUGUUUAACAUAAUGUCAGGAACUUCAAUGUCCUGUCCUCAUCUCAGUGGCAUUGCGGCUUUGCUCAAGAGCUCUCACCCUGACUGGUCACCAGCCGCCAUUAAAUCUGCCAUCAUGACUACCGCUGAUGUUGUUAACCAUCAUGGCAAGCCCAUUGUUGAUGAAAAGCUCUAUCCUGCUGAUGUCUUUGCCAUUGGUGCAGGCCAUGUGAACCCUUCGAAAGCAAAUGAUCCUGGUCUUGUUUAUGAUAUUCAGCCGGACGAUUACAUUCCUUAUCUAUGUGGAUUGAAAUACACGGACAAACAAGUAGAGGUCAUCACAAAACGCAGUGUCAAGUGUUGUAAGGUGGAAAGCAUAGCAGAAACGCAGCUGAACUAUCCUUCAUUUUCUGUGAUUUUGGGGACUGAGAGUCUGUGUUUUACAAGGACAGUGACAAAUGUUGGAGAUGCUAAAUCAACAUACACUUUGGAAAAGUCUGUACCUCCAGGAAUGGACACCACUGUAAUCCCCGAGAAGCUGGUAUUCAGUGAGAUUAACCAGAAAGCAACAUACACAGUGGAAUUCAUCCCACAAAGCCACAAGCAAUUUGGUGAGAUAUACCCACAAAGCCACACUGGGAAGAACAGUAAGCGAUAUGCUGAGGGAUAUCUGAGAUGGGUUUCGGAUAAGUACUCUGUUAGAAGCCCAAUAUCUAUCAUAUUUGCAUGAUAUUGGGGUUAGAAUAAGCUUUUGCACUUCUUUAUUCAAUAAAGCUAUCUACAGCUACUUGAUUUAAAUUAAUUAACCUAUUGAUAAUUUGGCAUAA